GUCCGGCAGGAUCGUCGAGGGCGCCGGGCUCGAGCGCCUGGGGGAGAUGGCGGACCUGACGAGGCUGGCGAGCGUGGUGAGCUGCGCGCCCGCCGGGGGCGCCAGACAAGUGGGCCCAGCCGGGGGUCCCAUGGCGUGGAUACCGAACGGACAGGGCUACGUGCUGACGCCCGUGACCUUCGUGCCAGUAGUGCCGGUCCAGCAGAUGCAAGGAGCCCCCGCCGAGGAGGUGGCCGGCUCCUGCGGUCCGGGCGACGUGAACGCAGCACGCAAGGACGUAUCCCACCACCUGAGUGCGCAGCCAUAUCCCAGCAUGGGCACUUACAAGAUGCAGCUGGAUAGUCUCAAGCCGUUGCGAGCUGCAGUUGCCACCGAAAGGCCCCAGAUGGGCGGCCGGUGCCUGCCGGUGGCCCCCUACGAGUGCAUUUCUUCGAUGUCCGCCGAUGCGCCGCCCGCGGAGGGCGCCGCGGCCUGGCCCUGGGCGGCAGCGAGGGACCAGCCGGACGAGGAGGGAGAGGAGGAGACGAACGCAUGA